GUACAUAGUGGUGAGCUCAGCGCUCCUAGUAGCAGUGUAUGUACGGACCGUACACUCGCCGCAGCCACUUUCUCAGACCGUCCCAUCCUUGCCUGCGCGUUUCGUCUGUUCGACGCCGUCCCAACCCCGCUAGGCAACCAAGCGGGAACAUCCUGUAGCAGCAAGCAACCACUCUUUUCCACCAUAAAACAAAUGUUUUCAUUGGGUCGACGCGAAUGGUAUUGCACCCACCACUGACGCACACGAUGGGAUAACGCUCGCACAGCGCACCCGGCCCGACCGAAGCUCCCGAGAGCCCGAACCUUGUAUACCCCAGACACGAGUUUUGGUGCACCACUGUAUGGGAACCAAUGUUGGAGUUCCUUUGAUUCUCGGUACAUGAGCCUCUGUCACACAUACGCGUGUCCACGAUGUUGCUGCUCCAUCAGACAGGCAGCGUCAAGAUCGGCGAGGUGGUCCGCUAUACCGUGACUUACAAGCCGUCGGUCGACCACAUCCUUCCCUCUCCCGAGUUUCUGUACCUGCGCAUCAAGAACACCUGCGCCAUCGCCCUUCGUGCCGCCUUUGUCCAUGGGCCAUACACCCUCGGGGUCGCCGCAUACCCCGCGACAUUCAAGCCCUUCGAAAAGUUCGAGAAUCCGCGUCGAUAUGGCGUGCCCGAGUUCGAGCCCAUGCUCAAGGCCGGCGCUGUCUGGAACUGCCCCUUGAUCGUACCGGACAACAUCCGCCAGAGCGCUGGCGAGGGCAGCAGCAAACAUGGACACUUUGGGAGCGGGCCCGAGCAUGAUGAGGACACUGUCUCUUGGGUGAUUGAGGUUUCCUCCCAAGUCAUCUUUUCCGCCUCCGCGUCGGUGCACUAUGAGAUCCUGCUGGCGCGCGACGAGAAGUCGCUGAAUCUUGGCUCCGUGAUGCCCGUCAUCGGGGGCCAAGUGCAAGCACCCCAGCCUGGCCGGGUGAGCGACUUCCAGCAGAGCGCUGGCUCAUCGAAACACCAUCCCGCACAGCCCAAGGGCGUCUUCUCCAAGGCAAUACACCUCAAAGUUCAAGAUACCGCAGCCCUGUGGAAUACUCCGGAAAUCCCAGGUUGGAACGAGAUUGGAUGGCUCCGGGCGAGGGAAGAGGACUGCUCCGACGCUCCCGCCGAAGCCGGCGCGGCCACCAGAAAUUCUGGCGAGGCAAAGCGGCCGCCAAAGCACCGACAAAAGAAGAUUCAUCUAGUUGUGCUUACCCACGGGUUGCACAGCAAUCUAGGCGGCGACAUGCUGUUCAUGAAGGAGAGCAUAGAUGCAGCAGUGAAGCAGGCAAAGGUUGACGCGAAAGCGCGCAAAGCAAGGGAACGCGCGGCAAGGCGGCGUGCGCGCAAGGGCGCUACUACGACGGGCGACUCUUUUGAAAGGGGCGACCAGGGUUCAAACCUCGAUCCGAAUCUGGGACUCAAAGCGGGUACUGACACCGCUAGCCGACGGAAAGAAGGCGACGAAGGCGAGCAGCUCGAGGACGAGGAGGACGAUGAGGAGGUGGACGACGACGAAGAAGUCAUUGUACGCGGCUUUUCCGGAAACGCGGCAAAGACCGAGAGGGGAAUCAAAUACCUGGGUAAACGGCUUGCCAGGUAUAUCUUGCUUAUGACGUUUCCAGAUCAGCCAUGCUUGCCCACCGCCAAGGCAGCUUCAGAGGCCAUCACCCACUCGCUCAAGACAGGAGCCCAAAAGAAGGCCAUCGAAGAAGCACACAAGCACAGCUCCGCCCACCUGGCAGCCUCUCCGGGCGGAAAACGUUUGUACAAAUUCACCAAGAUCAGCUUCAUCGGCCAUUCCCUCGGAGGCUUGGUGCAGAUGUACGCAAUAGCGUACAUCCAGAAACACUCACCGCAGUUCUUCGAUCUUAUCGAGCCGAUCAACUUCAUUGCGCUGGCAUCCCCGUUCCUUGGCCUAAACCAUGAGAAUCCGCUCUACGUGAAGUUUGCGUUAGACUUUGGCCUGGUAGGGAGGACAGGACAAGACCUGGGCCUGACCUGGAGAGCGCCAACGAUCGCCCGGAAUGGAUGGGGCGCGCUCAUGAGCAAUCUUGGGGAGCACGCGCACAAGCGCGUAUAUGGAGAAUAUCAGCCCGAGUCCAAGCCCCUCCUGCGGAUCCUGCCAACGGGGCCGGCUCACAAAGCGCUCAAGAAGUUCCGUAACCGAACGGUCUAUUCCAACGUGGUCAACGACGGGAUCGUUCCACUCCGGACAAGCUGUCUCCUCUUUCUGGACUGGCAGGGCCUUGGUCGAGUCGAAAAGGCUCGUCGAGAGGCAGGGCUCGUGGGAACAGUCGUGGGGUUUGGCUGGGCCGAACUGACUGGAGCCAACAUGACGACUCCUAGACUCGCUCCUUGGUCGCCGGCCGAACAAGAAGAUAAAGAUGACGCUGAAAGCGCGGGCAAGACAACUCCAACCGGUCAUGAGGAUUCUCACCGGGUCCCGCAGCCGCCGACUAAUGCCAUGCUGGAAGACGAUCGGCAAAGCCUGAGGUCGAUAGCCAAACCGUACCGAGAGACACCUUCAGAGCUGCAGCAUCUUCAGAAUUCGAGCACAAACAACACGUCGAAUCCUCUUUCCGGCAUCUUCAAUUUCUUCCGCAGCGAGACACCAAAAUCGCCGCCCCUGGCGUCUCCUAAAAUAAACAAGAUCUACCAGCGGAGCCAGACGCUCAAAUCGGAUCAGUGGCCGGCCUCGGAUUCGGGUACCUCGUCCAAAUCCAGAGUGACGGCUGGGAACGAGCUCAGCGAGGAUGCAGAGGGAAUGUCGGCGCCUCCAAAAACGAGCAUCUUCGAGUCGGCUGGUGACCUUCUCAACCCAAAACUACCCCCAGUCGAGUUUCUCAUUGAUCCAUCGAAACGUCCUCGAACUAUCUUUCAUGACCGUGUCUAUCACCCGGCGGACAUCCCCCCACCACCCGUCAAAGAGCGGCCUUCGGGCACUUUGAGCCUACGGCGCCGGACGCCAGCUGCAAGCUCCUCUUUUCUAAAAUCCAACGACGACACCACCUCUUCGUCGAGAUCCCACCCGGUCAACCAAAACGACACCUCCCCGGAUUCACCGCGAUCCCAACAAUCCAAACCCGCGCCCCCCUCUACUGCCGCCAGCGACGAAGCCUCGACUGUCCACAGCCCUUCUUCGGACGCCACUCACGGCGAGGCCGCCGCUACCGAGGACGUCGCCGACGUAGAUAUCGACACCUCCCAGAUGCGCGUCGAAGAGAAAAUUGCGCGCGCCUACCACCGCGGUCUCUCGUGGCGCAAGGUUCUCGUCAAGCUCGAACCCGACGCGCACAAUAACAUUAUCGUGCGCCGCACCUUCGCCAACGCGUUCGGCUGGCCAGUGAUCCAGCACCUGGUCGAAGCGCACUUCAGUGACUCCGCGACGGCGCGGCUCAGAGACGAGGACGAGCCGAACGCCGAAAGGGCGAAACCGAUUGGGGAGGGAACGGACGAAGGUGGCGGCGAGAUAAGGGCGGCUGCGAGGGGGUUGAACGCGAGAGGGGAGGAUGUCAGUAUCAGGAACGGAAGGGAUGGUGAUGAGGAUGAGGAUGAGGAUGAGGGUGAUGCUGAUGAGAAACAGGAUACGGUGUCUGAGUUGCCGCAAGGCCCGGGGCUGUCGCCUUCGCUGGCCAACGCCAACAGCAACAACGCGCAAGGCGCUUUCCCUGCCCAGUCUAGCACUGCUGCUGGCAAGGGUAGUGGCGGUACGUCAACGACGACGUGGCCGCCGCCGGACAGGGUUGAUUCAGUGACGUGGAGCGAUCGAGACUGGGCAGAUAGCGGGGAUGAGAGUGAUGACGGGGUGGGCGGAAGAUUGAGUGGUACGAGAAAGGAAGCGGCCGGCGGUGAGGGAAAGGGGAAGGGGAUUGGGCUAGGAAUUCCGUUCGGUGGCGGUGAGAGGAGCUCCAGUCCGCUGAGCUGGAAUUGGACGGAGAAGAUCGUUGGCAAGGGGGGCCUGGGGCGGUCGAAGUCGCCUUCUGGUGACAGCGGAGCUGGUUCUACCGCUGGAAAGGACGCCAACUGAGCGGUACUAUCAAUAUUGAUACGAUGUGAAGAAUUGAGAUCAUAUCUGAGAGUCGGCGCCUGUGGGCUGUUUAGAUACUAAGCCCUCGUUCCUGGAUCUUUAUCUUUGAGCAUAGAUCGACCUUGUCUAGC